UCCGGUUCAAACACGCGUAAACAGCAACAACGAACAAGACGAAUCUGGCCGGCCUGUGUUUUUGGAAAUUUCUGAUUAUUUUGAUUCAUGUCAAACCAGUAGGGAAGAAGAUGGGCGUGUUCAAAUAUCCGGAGGCUCGUCGAGACGAAAGUGUCGUCGAUGAUUUCAGUGGGACAAAGAUACCUGAUCCCUACAGAUGGCUAGAAGAUCCGGAUUCUGAUGAAACGAAAGCUUUUGUCGAGGCACAGAAUAAGAUAUCUGGUCCAUUUCUGGAAAAAUGCCCUGUUCGAGAUCAGAUUAAAAACAGGAUAACGGAAAUCUGGGAUUAUCCAAAAUAUAGUUGUCCAAGCAAACGUGGCAAUCAUUAUUAUUAUUCUUAUAAUACAGGUUUACAGAAUCAAAGUGUGAAAUAUGUACAAGACAGUCUGGAUGGAGAAGCUAGGGUAUUUUUAGAUCCUAAUAAGUUAUCGGAGGAUGGCACCAUAUCAUUAAGUGGCUCUAUGUUUACUGAAGAUGGUUCUGUAUAUGCCUAUGGUUUAAGUAAAAGUGGUUCUGAUUGGAUCAGUAUACAUUUUAAGAAAGCACCAAGCGGAGAAGAUCUACCUGAUGUUUUAGAAAGAGUAAAGUUUAGCAGUAUGGCUUGGAUGCAUGAUCAUACUGGAUUCUUUUAUAAUAAAUAUCCGGAACAGCAAGGAAAGGUUGAUGGAACUGAGACAACAAGUAAUGUUGAUCAGAAAAUGUUUUAUCACAAACUUGGAACGGAUCAAUCACAAGACAUCCUGGUAGCUGAAUUCCCUGAACACCCUAAAUGGAUGAUAGGGAGUGAGGUCAGUGAUUGUGGUAGAUAUAUUAUACUGUAUGUUAGAGAAGGUUGUGAACCUGUUAAUAGACUAUAUUACGUGGAUACACAGACACUCUCUAAUGGUAUUGAUGGUAAAUUGCCCUACGUAAAAGUGGUGGAUAAUUUUGAUGCUGAAUAUGAGUAUAUUACAAAUGUUGGAAGUGUUUUUACAUUUAAAACAAAUUUAAAGGCUCCACGAUACAAACUCAUUAACAUUGAUUUAAACAAUCCAGAGAUGGAAAAUUGGGUGACAUUAGUUGAAGAAGAUGAAAAAUCUGUUUUAGAGUGGGUUGGAUGUGUUAACAAAAAUAAACUAGUUCUUUGUUAUCUAGAAGAUGUUAAAAACAAAUUAUAUGUGUAUGAUUUAUCAACCGGUGUAAGAAAGUCAGAAUUACCAUUAGAUGUUGGAACUGUUGUGGGAUAUUCUGGACGUACUAAGGAUACCGAGAUAUUUUAUCAGUUUAUGUCGUUUUUAACACCAGGUGUUAUCUAUAGAUGUGAUAUGACAUCAGAUGUUUAUACACCAACGGUUUUUCGGGAAAUAAAAGUAAAAAAUUUUGAUGUGAGUGGUUUUGAAACAAAGCAAGUGUUUUAUGCCAGUAAAGAUGGUACGAAGAUACCAAUGUUUAUCGUUCAUAAAAAGGGUCUAAAAUUAGAUGGAAGUCAUGCUGUAUUAUUAUAUGGUUAUGGUGGAUUCAGUGUUUCUAUCAGUCCAACCUUCUCCCCUUCUCGUUUGGUUCUACUACAACAUCUAAAUAUGGUCUACGCUCUUGCUAAUAUUAGAGGUGGAGGAGAAUAUGGAGAAACCUGGCAUAAAGCUGGUACCCUGGACAACAAACAAAAUGGGUUUAAUGAUUUCCAGUCUGCUGCGGAAUAUUUGAUACAGGAAAAGUAUACAUCUGCUCGAAGAAUAGCUAUACAAGGUGGAUCUAAUGGUGGUCUAUUAGUUUGUGCCUGCUCUAAUCAAAGACCAGAUUUAUUUGGUGCAGCUAUUUCCCAGGUGGGUGUUCUAGAUAUGUUACGGUUUCACAAGUUUACAAUUGGUCACGCAUGGACAACUGACUAUGGUUGCUCUGAUAAACCAGAUGAAUUCCAGUGGCUUAUUAAAUAUUCGCCAUAUCAUAACAUAAAAAAACCUGAUGGUGAUAUUCAGUAUCCCUCCAUGUUGUUGUUAACCGGUGAUCAUGAUGAUAGAGUUGUUCCCCUUCAUUCACUGAAAUAUAUAGCAGAAGUACAAAGAACUGUUGGUUCAAGUGAAAAACAGUCAAAUCCUCUGAUAAUCAGAAUUGAUACCAAGUCUGGUCACGGUGCUGGCAAACCUACCUCGAAAAUAAUUGAGGAAGUCAGUGAAAUAUACAGUUUCUUCUACUUAACUCUGGGACUACAGUGGGCAGAUUAGAUCAUCCAGACAUACUUUUAACAAGUGCUAUAAAAUCAUGAAUCAGAUUCACUACUUGUACUCAUAUUAAACCUUAUUCUCUGACAAAUUGUCAAUCAAAA